AUGAUUACACAGGGCGGCGGCCCCCAAAGGGGCCGUGUGCUGCCACAAUUCCUAGUGGCAUUGGCCAUUUUGGCGGUUUCUAGUGUUGUUUCGGCUGACCCAUAUGUUUAUUCAUCUUCACCGCCUCCCUACGAGUACAAGUCGCCACCACCACCUUCACCGUCUCCCCCACCGCCAUAUGAGUACAAAUCGCCACCACCUCCUUCUCCAUCACCACCACCACCUUAUGUAUAUAAGUCACCACCACCACCUUCUCCCUCACCACCUCCACCUUAUUACUAUAAAUCUCCCCCUCCACCCUCCCCAUCACCACCUCCACCAUAUUAUUACAAAUCUCCACCACCACCUUCCCCCUCACCACCACCACCAUACUACUAUAAAUCACCACCACCACCUUCUCCCUCACCUCCACCACCAUAUUACUACAAAUCUCCACCACCCCCCUCACCAUCACCACAUCCACCAUACUACUACAAAUCGCCACCACCACCUUCUCCCUCACCACCACCACCAUACUACUAUAAAUCACCACCACCACCUUCUCCCUCACCACCACCACCAUACUACUACAAAUCGCCACCACCACCUUCACCCUCUCCUCCACCGCCAUACUACUACAAAUCGCCACCACCACCCUCCCCAUCACCACAUCCACCAUACUACUACAAAUCACCACCACCACCUUCACCAUACUACUACAAAUCUCCACCACCUCCACCAUACUACUACAAAUCGCCGCCGCCACCUUCACCAUACUAUUACAAAUCUCCACCACCUCCUCCGUACUACUACAAAUCUCCACCACCACCAGCUAAGUCUCCACCUCCUCCGUAUUACUACAAAUCUCCACCACCACCAGCAGUUCCACACUACCCACCCCACCAUCCUUUCGUUGUCAAGGUAGUAGGCAAAGUAUACUGCUUCAAAUGCUAUGACUGGUCCUACCCAGAGAAGUCCCAUAACAAGAAACAUCUAAAAGGUGCUGUUGUGGAAGUGAUAUGUAAGACUGGUGACAAGGAAAUUAAGGCAUAUGGAAAAACAAAAAUUAAUGGAAAAUACAGUAUUACAGUUGAAGGUUUUAAGUAUGGGAACUAUGGAGCAAAGGCAUGCAAGGCAAAACUCCAUGCACCACCAAAGGGAUCGAAGUGUAAAAUUCCAACAAAUCUUCAUUGGGGAAAGAAGGGUGCCAAGCUCAAGGUGAAAUCCAAGGAUAAGUACGAAGUUGUGCUCUAUGCUAAACCAUUUGCUUAUGCUCCAAAGACUCCGUAUGAGGAGUGUAAGAAGCUGAAGCCGAAGCCGAAGCCGAAGCCGAAGCCAACCCCGGCUCCGUACUACUACAAGUCUCCUCCACCACCGUCGCCAAUUUAUGUAUAUAAGUCCCCACCUCCUCCAGCACCUACUUAUGUGUACAAGUCUCCCCCGCCACCCACGCCUACUUAUGUGUACAAGUCACCACCUCCUCCACCACCAACACCUACUUAUGUAUACAAGUCUCCACCACCGCCAACCCCCACUUAUUCCCCACCACCACCAUCACCUUCUCCGCCGCCUCCUUACUACUACAAGUCUCCUCCACCACCACCACCAUCUCCCCACCAUCCCUAUUACUACAAGUCCCCACCACCACCAUCACCUUCUCCUCCGCCGCCUUACUACUACAAGUCUCCACCACCACCAUCGCCCUCUCCUCCUCCUCCAUAUUACUACAAGUCUCCUCCACCGCCAUCACCUUCUCCCCCUCCACCUUACUAUUACAAGUCUCCACCACCGCCAACACCCUCUCCACCACAUCCCUACUACUACAAAUCCCCACCACCACCAUCACCUUCUCCUCAACCACCUUACUAUUACAAAUCUCCCCCACCACCAUCGCCAUCUCCUCCUCCGCCCUACUACUACAAGUCCCCUCCACCACCAUCACCUUCUCCUCAAGAACCUUACUACUACAAGUCCCCACCACCACCAUCUUCCUCACCCCCUCCACCAUACCACUACACCUCUCCACCACCGCCAUCUCCCUCACCCCCUCCUUCCUACAUCUACAAAUCCCCACCUCCUCCAUCACCAUCUCCCCCACCACCAUACCACUACACAUCACCUCCCCCACCUGUGAAUGGUUUUCCUCUGGCAGUCAUCAUUCCAUUACAAGCACAGAAUAAAGAAAGGCUUCCAGAGGUCAAGAUCCAAGAAUCAAAUCUUUAA